AUGGCCGGGCCACCUUCCCUUGACACCAACCCAUGCACCACCCUCAGGCCCGACCCCAAAUCUUCUAGAAGCCCACCCCUCGGACCCUCUCCUUUCUCCCAAACCGAGUCCAAACCGAACCAGGCCACAGCCCAAUCCCACCUGAACCCUAGACCGACCCCAAAACGAGACACACGCACGCAGAACCCCUCUCCCGCUCGACCCUCCCCUCCCCCGCGCUGCCUGCUGACUACAGCGCCCUCACAUCAUCACCCAGCACCGCCCGACGUCAAGAACUCGCCAUCCAUUGGCCAACGCCACCACCCUGCUUGGCCAUUGGUCGUGGUCACCGCCCGCUCCCGCCUCGCCGCUUCCCCUGCCCCGCCUAUAAAAGGCGCCCCAGCUUGCUCUCCUCCUCCACACUACCCCUCUCCACCCUCCCAGCUCUCUCACAGAGCAAUGAGGAGCUCUACCCUGCUGCUGCUCGGCGGCAAGCAUGCCACGGCCGUGGUCACCGCAAGGGUGACGGGCACGGUCGAGCUCAACCCCGGCAUCCUCGUCCCUUCCUCCUUGCUUCAUCCUUCUCACCGUCCUCCCCUUGCCCUAACGAGCCCCUCCGUUUCCCUCCAGGGCCGCCGGAGCCACCGCCGGAGCUGUUUUGGCCGGGAGUUGCUGCGAGGGAAGAAACCCGCCGGGAGGGGCCACUGUUCGAGCGGAGGAAGCCCCCCGGAUGCGCCGCUCGGACGCCGGCGACCCGCCGCUGCUCCGCCCCCGACCCCGCCGUCGCCCGCCAGCCGCCAGUAUUUCUAG